AAUAUAUACACUUUUAUAUUUAUGUAGCAUAUGCAAUUCACACAUGACAAACUAAACGAAACACAUCACGAAAUUUUAUACAUAUAUAUAUAUAUGACAUGAAAAUUCACUAAUGCGUAUAACGUUCCAUUUUUAUUUAUGAGUCAAUGUAUUAUUAAAAAUAGAAAUUUGAACGAACAUAUUAAAGUCACAAAACAUGGAAAAAACAGUGUUUAGAAAUUGCAUAAUCGAAUUAAUCUUUCGCAAGUAUGUACAUCGAUUAAAUUUAUUGUUGUAGAAUAAUGAAUUUUUCACGUGAACGAGUACACGCCGGCUUCGAGAUUUGCGUUGUCCCCGACCGGUGGCGACGGUGCGUAUCCCGAGUGUGCGAUUUGGAUGGAUUUGGCGAAUGAUCGAGGGCGAUCCAGGCGUCGGGACUUAGCAAAAGUAGGUGACCUCGGGCAGAAAUCGGAAAAUCAAUAGAGUGCGGCGCGUGACCAACGAGCCGACGGGAGCUGUGGCACGCGGGGACCGCACUCGCGCAUCUUUGAGGUUAUGUCGUGCGUACAUUACGACAUUCGAACCCGCGUCGCUCGCAGGCCGCCCGUACCGUUCUAUUUUCGUUACGGCGAAAAUUGUUUAUUCUCGCUGGUGGUCGUGGGCGCCGCGCGUUACGCACUAUAAUGCAUCUGAAUGCGAAGGGGAGCCACGAGAGCGCCGUGAGAUAGUAGACAAAAAUGGGCAGAAAGAAGGCUCAUACUACGUCCAGGGGUAAACAACCGGGCCCGUCACCGCAACAGAAGCACAUAUCCGCGGCGAAGAGGAAUGAGAUCAAUGCCUUGUGCGAGAAACUCUUUCAUCUGAGCAGCAAUCCAGCGUACGUGACGCAGUCAUGGAACAACUACUUGGAUAUAUCGCAAGUUCUGCUGAAGGUUAAACGCCUAGAGGAAAUGAAGACGGAAUCGUCCCAGCGAUCCCAGGGGAUUGGACAAUUCAUAAAUUGGCUGACGGAAAAUGGGGCGCGGGUGGACGGCUUGAGUAUUGCCGAGUUUCCAGGAUUCGAUUUGGGACUGAAGGCAGAGACCGAUUUUACUGAGAACCAGUUGAUCUUGGAGAUACCCAGGGCACUCAUCUUCAGCACAUAUACAGCAGCAUCGGAAUUGAUCGUUCUGCAAAAUGAUCCACUUGUACAGCAUAUGCCACAAGUGGCAUUGGCUGUAGCGCUUCUCAUAGAGAAAUAUAAGGAGAACUCCACAUGGAAGCCUUACUUGGAUAUGCUUCCAAGCAAUUAUAAUACAGUUUUAUACAUGAAGACUAAUGAUAUGAUUGAGCUGAAAGGCAGUCCUACAUUAGAGGCUGCAUUGAAGCAAUGUCGAAACAUCGCGAGGCAGUAUUCCUACUUUAACAAAGUGUUUCAAAAUACCAACAACGCCGUCUCGAUGAUACUUAAAGAUGUUUUCACUUACGAAAGAUAUUGCUGGGCCGUGUCUACGGUGAUGACCAGGCAGAACUUGAUCCCGAGUCCAGAUGGUUCGCGUAUGAUACACGCUUUAAUCCCGAUGUGGGAUAUGUGCAAUCACGAGAACGGAAGGAUUACGACGGAUUUCAACGCGACCUCGGAUCGCUGCGAGUGUUACGCGCUGAGGGACUUUAAGAAAGGGGAGCAGGUAUUCAUAAGUUACGGCCCGAGGACGAAUUCCGAUUUCUUCGUGCACUCGGGCUUCGUCUGCAUGGAUAACGAGCACGAUGGCUUUAAGCUUCGUCUUGGUAUUAGCAAAGCGGAUUCCCUUCAAAAGGAGCGAAUAGAACUGUUGAGCAAACUGGAUUUGCCGUCAGUGGGAGAAUUUUUACUGAAACCCGGUAUGGAGCCCAUCUCCGAUACUCUAUUGGCCUUCUUGCGAGUGUUCAGUAUGCGAAAAGCUGAGCUCACGCAUUGGCUGCGCUCGGACAAGGUCUUCGACCUCAAGCACGUGGACUGUGCGUUGGAGACGGUUGUCGAGGAGAAUGUCAGAAAAUUUUUACUGACCAGACUGCAGCUUUUAAUCGCUAAUUAUCCGACAACACUGAAGGAGGAUCUGGACUUAUUGGAGACCACGUUACCACAGAUGAAAAAAAUGGCGGUUCAACUGAGAGUUACGGAAAAGAGAAUUCUUUCGGGCGCACUCGAAUACGUGGAGCAAUGGAUAAAGGCUUGAAACGAUCGGCUGUGCUUUUAACAAGGGUAUCGAACACACACACACACAUACACACACUUAUACUUACGAUUAAAAGCAUCUCGAGAUAAACCAACUUUAUUUUUACAAUAUUUCGAAUGACGAUUUCAAAUAUAAAAGUAAAAUAUAUAAGUGGACGAAUAAUAUAUGUAAUAAAGCGUAUAUUUAUCAUCUGUUACAUAUACAAAUUCUUCAUGGUCGAUGUGUGCGCGUGUACUAAUUAUAGGAAAAAAAACGCAUUGUAAAGUGUACUGAGAAUUAUAUGAAUGAGCGACGAUUAUAUAUGAAUGUCUACGUGAUAUAUAAUGUAAUUGUAUAAUAAUUGUGUAUUCAGCGAACAUCUUAAUUCUUGUUUUCGUAGAAUGGAGAUUUUCAAGCUUCUUCGUAUUUUUAUUCCUUUUAAAAUUGCUUUAAAUGCUGAUCGUUAGAGAGAAUGAGAAAGAAUGAUUCUGAUUUAUGACUACGAGAUUAACAUUUUACUUGUUCUGCUUUGAUAUGUAAUAUAAGAAAAAAUAAUAUUCAUAAAAAAGAGAAUAUUGUUAAUGAACAUUUAUUUUUCAGAACGAAUACAUAACAGAGUUGAAAUUCUUGAUGUGAAACUAUAAUAGCGUAGGCCUAUAACAUUAGAUUUUUACAUACGUCGCAAAAUAUUUCCUGACGCACGAGUGAAUUUGAACGACCCGCGUAAACACCGCGAGGUGUUUUCGAAAGUUUAUCAUGCGUUAUAAAUGCUAUCGUGUGAUUCUCACGUUUCUGUAUAAAUUGUUGCGCGAGAACGGUACUGAGACUGGCGUCUCAGGCGCUGAUUUCUGAUCUGACGCUGAGAUCUCUAUACCAGAUUUCAUGUAUCGAAAUUUAAUUAAAAUUAAUGAAGCUAAUUUUAAUGAGACGCUAUGAUCAGGCUACAGCAGGACUGAUAGCUCGGAAUAUCGCUUUUUUAAAUAUAUCUCAAUAUAGGAAUAAUUAAAAGAAUGUUACAUAAACAUUCACAAUUAUUUGACAUAUACAUAACAUACAUGAAUGAGAUUUAAACCUAUGAUGUAUAUUAUACCUUUACAGAAAAUUCAUUGCAUCUGCGAUGCAAUUUUCGAACGGGUAGUCCGCAUAAAAGUGAGCGCCAUGUGUGUGAUAACGGAAUGUAUUUAUAUUACAAAUUUAAUUCUGUAUUUAGAGUCAGUAGAGAGACUUGUAUCAUUUGAAAAAUUUAGGAACACAGAACUGAAAAUAAAACAUAAACGAAA